GGGUCGGCAGGCAGCAUGGCGGACCCGGCCUCUUGGCCGGAGCUGGAGGCGGCGGAGCGGGAGCGGCGCCGGGAGCUGGUUCUCCCCGGCGCGGCGGUGGAGGCCCGUAUUCGGGCGGGCGGCCGCCUGCCCCCGCGGCUCCUGGCCCUGCCGCUGCUGCAGGCGCUGGAGCUGAGCGGCUGCGGGGCGCUGCGGGAGCUGGGCCCGGGGCUGGCGGCGGCGCUGCCGGCUCUGCACACGCUGGUGCUGCGCGGGAACGGGCUGGGCCCGGCGGGGCUGGGCGCUCCGGAGGGCCCGGGGCUCGGAGGCCCCUUGCCGGCCCUGCGGGUGCUGGACCUGUCCGGGAACGGGCUGGAGACGCUGCCCGCGGCGCUGGGGGGAGCCCUGGACCCGGCCGGGCCCUGCGCUCCUGGGGGGCCCCCCGCCUUCCCCCAGCUGCGGAGCUUGAACCUCACCGGGAACCGGCUCCGGGAGCUGGGGCCAGGCUUGGCCCGGGCCGCCCCCCAGCUGCAGACCCUGCUGCUCUCCGGGAACCGCCUGAGUGCCCUGCCCGGCGGCCUCCUGCCCCCGGGCGCCUCCGGCCUCCUCCCACUGCUCAGCCAACUGGAGGCAGCCGACAACGGGCUGCAGGAGCUGGACUCUGCCAUCGCCAACCUGCCGGCCCUCAAGAUCCUGGAUGUUUCCAAUAAUGAGUUAUCAGAAAUCCCCGUUGAGCUUGCUGACUGCCCUAAAUUAAAGGAGGUCAACUUCAGAGGGAACAAACUGAAAGACAAGCGGCUGGAGAAAAUGGUCAAUAGCUGCCAGACAAAAUCCAUUCUGGAGUACUUGCGGGUUGGAGGCCGAGGAGGUGGCAAAGGAAAAGGGAAACCAGACAACUUUGAUAAAGAAGAGAGUAAGAGAAAAAAGAGGGAUAAACGCCAGAAAAAGGAUAGCGGAGAUGGGGAACAGGACAAGCUGGAAGAGGUGAAUAAACUGAUGAUCAAGAUUCUGCACAUUGCAGAAAAUCCAGCUCCAAUGGUAGUUAAAGUUAGUCCAAAUAUCAAAGAAGUUCGGCCAUACAUUGUUUGCUGUGUGGUGAAGGGAAUGAAUUUGAAGCAAGGAAGUGCCUUGAAGAGAUUUCUUUCUGCACAGAUCAAACUUCAUGAUGACAUCUGUGAGAAACGAACAGCAGCAACCAUUGCCACACAUGACCUGCAGCAGAUCAAAGCGCCCCUGCUGUAUGAUGCGCAGCCGCCUAACGAAUUAAAGGUAAUGCCACUGGGUCGGAAGGAGAUCAAGGCAAAGGAUCUUGUCCGUCAGUUGCAGUUAGAGGCUGAGGAACAAAGGAAACAGAAGAAGCGUCAGAAUGUUUCUGGACUGCACAAGUACCUUCAAUUACUGGAUGGGAAAGAGAACUAUCCUUGUCUAGUAGAUGCUGAGGGUGUUGUGAUUUCUUUCCCACCAAUCACUAACAGUGAGAGAACAAAGAUUAGAAAAACCACUUGUGAGCUAUUUCUGGAAGUGACGAGCGGCACCAGCCUUCAGAUAUGCAAAGAUGUCAUGGACACCCUUAUUCUAAAAAUGGCAGAACUCAACAAAUUCACUUUAGAGAAUGCGGAGGAAGAAUCCGUGUCUGAUGGUGAAUCGGACAUGACUUCUGAACCAGUGAAUUCAAAUCCCAGCCAAAAUGCAGAGCAAGAGAAUUCUCCAUUAACAGUGGAGCAGGUUCGCGUUGUGGACAUGGAUGGGAACUUAAAAGUACUGUAUCCAUCUAAAACUGACCUAACUCUGGUCUCGUCUCUUUUAACCAUAAUUCGUUAACAGCCAUCAAGGUUCUUGUAAAAUGCUUUGAUUUUGAUUUCAAAUUUUUUUGCGUAUUUUACAAAUACAGAGUUUGUAUAUGGUAAAAUUAAAUUAUUUAGACCCCUCUGUCUUUACGAAAACAUGUAAAGUGACCUCCUUUUGGAUGCAUAACUCAGAUGAUUUGAUCCUACUAUGGCAAGGAGCACUACAUUCUUUCCUGUCUCAGUAAUAAAGUCCCAAUGUUAUAACUGGUUAGAGAUGUGAAUCAGUUUUAAAUGCUAAACUUGGGAUCUAAGUAUUUCACAUAUUUUGUGCUCAGGAUCAUUCUUAUCCCAUCUAGUUGUAAUAUAUAGAUAUGGUGACCUUGGAAGUUGAAAUAAUCUUGACCUGUUCUAAGAAGCUUUGAAGCAAAAUACCAGUUUAUGAAAUUGCCCACUCCCCAAAAAUCAGUCUUUUUAUAAGCCUGUUUUUUGGUUUGUUUGUGUGAAUUAAUGUGGAAACCUAUUUGUGACUUAAUGAGUAAAUUAAUAAAUAACAUAAAAACUGACCAACAAGGAUAUAUCCCAUCUACUGGUACUAAAGACAUUAUGCAAAAACUGCAUCAGCUGUCUAAUAUACCAUAAAAAGAUGAGAAGAGUUAAAGCUAAUGCUGAUUAUCAUCAUUUGAGUCUUUUUUCUUGAUGCAACUUUACUUUGUAAUCUGUUUAUAUGGGACUAAACCUGAAUCACUGCAAACCCUGUAACCUCUUGUGGUUUUUUUAAACUCUUCAGUCUAACUGCAGCCAAAUCUUUUUUUUUUUCAUUUCAGCAAUAAAACUUUCAUGUGAUAGUUACUCCAAUAUA